AUCAGCAAAAGCAGUUUGAGCAGUAAACAAAUUAAGAUUAUCAUAUCGGUAUGCUGACAUACAUUGGAAGGCUUUUAUUUAAAGAUGUUAUAAUGUUUUAAAAGUAUAUUUCACAACCAUGAGUUUAAGUAAAAGCGUAUUAUUAUUUUUUCUAUUGCUCAAUAAGUACAGUCACGGUGACAAAAGUUGCAUCACGUCAGAUUUUCUCGUACAGCAGUUCAAAGGAGGACAAUACGAAUUCCAUUUAGGACAGCGACUGGAAGUAACCAACAGUUCAAGAUCACCAGUAAAUUACUAUGAAGUGACUCGACUGGUUUACUACGAAAAUUGUUUGGGAUUCAUAACUGAAUCUCUGGACACCAUAGUACUUGAUUGCCCAGAAAAGAACAUGGAGAGAAUUGGUUGUUUCCAAGUUUUUACUCUUCAAUAUAACACUACAUUGUCUAUUGAAAACGAAAGAAAAAUAUGUGCAAGCAAACUGAACGAAUCCUGCAUUGGACUUAUAAUUAAAGAUAAAAUUACGAUAAUUCUGAAAUGUUCCACAAAUAACUGUUUCCAAAUAGAGGGGAAACUAUAUGGAUUCGCACCAAAACAUAUGCUAGGAUUGAUACGAACUAAUAAAAUGCCACCAAGGGAAUGAAGUUUUCAGAAAAAAUUAUUUCACAUUGUUUACAUUUUCUUACAAAUAUUUGCUUGUUACAAGUGUAUACUUAAUGUCCUUUUUUUUUUGCUUUAAAAUCUUCUAUUUUAAACCAAUGUUUAGAACGACAAGAUAUCUCAAACUUAUCAAAUAAAUUUCAGUAUACCUAUUUACAUUCGUUGUUAAAAUGUUAUAAUACUUUCUAUUGACAAAAAAUAAUGUGGAAGAGCUCCAUAUUGUAAAAAUAACCUGUUUGCUAGUAGUUCAAGAGGAAUAUCGUCUAGCAGGUGUGGAAGAUCAUUUUAUCACGUCAAACAAGGCUGAAAUGAAACAAAAACGGAUUUCCAAAAUUUCGGUUUUUUCAAAUAUUUCGAAAACUAAUCAUGUUAG